UUUCUCCGCUGUUCGUCCCGCGUUAUUCAUCGCGUCAAAAUACGUGGCCGACGUCAUCGACCGAAUAUUGAAGGCUCGACGACUCGCGUCUUCCACGUGUUUUGUCAAGACAAGUAGUUCAAGACUGUUAAAGACCAUCAGUAAGAACAAGAACACGAUGAGCAAGAAGAAAAAUAUGGCAAUCGACUUCCAAGACAAUAUGAUACUGCUCACGCGAAAGUACUUGAAGCGUAAAAUAAUGUGUCCCGAAACAAAGUUCAGGCAUCACGUUAACGAGCGGCUAAACGUGCUGGAUUUAGUGAAACGUACCGUUGAAGUAGGCGAGAGCACGUCCGUCUUGUUGGUUGGACCUAGAGGCAGCGGCAAAACAACGCUUGUUAAUAGCGUUUUAAAGGAGUUGUCUGCUUUAAAAAGUUUUAAGGAUAAUGCGCUAAUAGUGAACCUUAAUGGGCUAGUACAUACUGACGAUCGUUUAGCGCUCAAAGAUCUAACUCGUCAGAUGCAAUUAGAAAACGUGGUUGGCGAUAAGGUUUUCGGUACGUUUGCAGAAAAUCUAAGCUUCCUCUUAGAUUGCUUGAAAUCUGGCGAUAAAAACCGCUCCAAGCCAGUCAUCUUCGUGCUCGAUGAGUUCGAUCUGUUUUGCGGCCAUCACAAUCAGACAUUGUUAUAUAAUCUGUUUGACGUUGCUCAAUCUGCACAGGUUCCGAUAUGUGUACUAGGGAUAAGCUGUAGAUUAGACGUCAUGGAGCUGCUGGAGAAGAGAGUCAAGUCGAGAUUCUCGCAUCGCCAGAUAUUUUUAUUUCCUGGCGAUACGUCGUCCUCGGAACAACCAAUGUCCGCGUUUGACGAUCGUCUGGAACUCUUUCGGAACCUCCUCAGCUUGCCUGACGAUGAGAAUGUAAAUAAAGUGGAGCAGCAAUAUGAUGACUGUACAAUAGAUCCGCAAUUCGGUUCUAUGUGGAACGACUAUAUUAAGAGUUUGACUGCCAAUGUUACGAUGGUGAAUUUACUCAAGAGAAUGUAUCAUAUCGAUGUGAGCGAGAGGAGCUUUAGAACGUUUCUCGCGGUAGCUGUCUCGACGUUAUCAGAGAAGCAUCAGAACGUGGAAGUGAAUGAUUUUGUGGAAGCGAGUAAAAUCUUUUCGGAGGAUGACAAGUUGUUGAUGCUCGAAGGAUUGUCCAUUUUAGAGAUGUGUCUGAUAAUAGCGAUGAAACAUGAAACGGAGAUUUAUGAUGGUGAACCAUUGACGUUCGAGGCGAUAUACAAUCGCUACAUGAAGUUUGUGAAUCAGACGUCCUCUGUACAAUCUGUCCAGAGACCGGUUAUCAUGAAAGCUUUUGAGCACAUCAAGAACUUGGAGAUCUUGCUGCCAGUUGGAAAUACGAAUACAAAGUUUGAAAAAGAAUAUCAAUAUUACAAAUUUACAUUAACAUCGCAGCAAGUUAUUGAGGCUGUGAAGACGUAUCCUGGUCUUCCUACAGAAGUGUCUCAGUGGGCGUCGAGCAGUAUAUAAUAACGAUAUAGUUUCAAGUACUCAACCUAUUGUGUUCCAUAAACGUACACGUUACACGUAAUUAAUAAGUUUCCCCUUCACGUAGCGUCGUAUUUAUAGGAUAAAUUUAGACAUAGAUAUUUAUAUCGCUCUUAUAGAAGGAAUGCAUUUGAAAUAAUGUAGGAAUCGAUAGUGUGCUAAUCUUUUAGAUACAUUUUUAUAUGUUGAAUAUAAUUAUUAAGCUCAUCUCCAUACUCUCAAUUAAUGAUCGCCAUAGAAAUCAAGUAUUAUACGAAGAAAAUUACAAAGAUACGCGACAUUUCGUCUACAUAUUAUGCCCUCCAAAAGACGUGUGAUACUCUAGUCUUGCAUCUCUAGAAUAUUACUAUUCAUACAUGUAUGCAGUUCGAUUUUCUAAAUUUAGUUAUUAAGUAUCAAGCAUUUUUAGAAUAGAAAAUCGAAAGAAAUAUCACGAAAAUACAAUGAACGUGUAAAUAUUCUCAAUAUGUAUCAGUACAAUAUCUGAAAGGCAAAGGCAAAGGGAGAAUGGUAUUUUGUGAAUAUAUACUUAAUAUGGUCUCCAGGAACAGUUCCUGCCAAUAUACAAAAACCAGAAGUAGAACAUCUGGUAUACACAUCUUUGAUAUAUGAAAGAUAAUAAGGAAGAUAUUUAUCGAAAUAUUUUAUUUCCUAUAAUAACAAGCAUUAUCUUAUCGUGUGUCAUGGACGCGUAACUAAUUUAUUCGAUUGAAACCAUAUUUGUGCCACUGGCUAAGCAUCGUGUUAAAAUUCAGUUUGUCUGUGAUCCAUUUAUCAUGUUCAUUUAUCUCUGUGUCGUGUGUG